GUACUUAUUCAGAUUCAUGACCCAGCAUAUACGGAAAUGCUCGAGCAGACAGCCGAAGCGCGUCAUCGCAUGGCAAUAGCCGAAGCGGAAGCUCAGGCCAAUCACCGUCAUGAAGCCUUAACUGGAAGUCUGAAGGAAGCGCUACAAAUCCGUGAAGCCCAAGAAAUCAAUCAGGCAAGGAUGUUUCUGCGGGAGAACGAGGAGAACAUCAAAAGUGAGGCCGUUCAGCAUGUCCGUGCCCACGAGGCUCAGUGUACAGAAAAGGUUCAGGCGUACCAAAGAAUUUUGGACGCCAAUCUCCGUCAGUCGAUGGCCACGAAGGAGAGCGAGAUUGAACGCCUCCGGAGUCAGGCUGCUGAAAAGGAGCGUGCACAGGAAGAACGCAUUAAAAGGCUCGAAGAGCUUGCGAUGCAACAGAGUCUUCACAACCAAAAGCUCCAAAGUAUGUUGGACUCUCAGCUGUCGCAGCCACCUCCUGUCCAAGUUGUGGAAACCGCGACUUUGACGAGGAUGGCAGAACCGUACGUCAUCUCAGCUCCGAUCCCGGCGUGUACAGUUGAUCCUCCGAUUGCAUCCGAGCAUCCGUUCCAUGAUCCUUUCAAUGCCGAAACAGUACCUCCGCCAUAUGCUCCUCCGCCAAUGCUAUCCGGCCCAUAUGCCAGCAACACAGAUGGAGCAACCGAGGAUAUGGUCACUGGCCGAAUCCCGGCAGGACGUCUCACCGCUGCACCUGCCAAGAAGGUUGCACGCCGGGAGGCCGUGCCGGUCGCCGACGUGGAGCCAGAUAGGGAUCCAGGGGAGUUCAUUAUCCAUAUUGAAAGGGAUGAUCCCCCUCUCGAUAUUGAUGGUUUUGUAGCUGAGAUGGAAGAACUAGCUUCAGUUGAUCCCCCGAAGGGAACGCCUAGACCAGAAGGUUCUAGACCUGAUGUUGUGCAAUUGGAACUAUCGGGCAAGAAAAAGGAUGAAGACAAAGAGUCAUCCAGCCCUCCGGAACAAAAGGCCUUUGUUGUAGACUUCUCAUCAAAACGGAGCCAAG